AACAAAGAAUGAAAUGUAACUAAUUUGUAUUUGUAAGAUUGUAACAUUGAAAUAUGAAUUGAUUAUGAUACUACUGCUAGUACUAAUAUUUGAAAAUUUAUACCUUGAUGAAACAGUUGUUGACUUGAGCAUGAGGCUUUAGAGUUGAGGACGAUGUGACAGUUUAAUGAAACAUGAAAUUCACGACCAGAAAUUUCAUUACAUUGGGCGUAAAGGCCUUUAAACUGAUGUUCGAUGUGAUCAAGCAUCCACAACUGGUUGACAGAUAUAAACAUUUUAAGAAGCUUUCUUGUACAUGUAGACUCUACUGUGUCAAGGCAUUAAGAAGUAAAAAACCAAAAUCUGAGAUUCAAAGGCAACAUUAUCAUUUUAUUGAUCGACAUCAAGUGAAAGUUAUUGGAGGAGAUGGGGGAAAUGGAUGCAUCUCAUUUUUGAGGCUUUUUAAAAACCCAAUUGCUGGUCCUGAUGGUGGUGAUGGAGGAAAUGGAGGUCAUAUUAUUUUUGAAGCCAAUCGGAAUAUAAAGUCUUUGAACCAUGUGGAGGCCAUUGUGAAAGGAGAGGUUGGUGGGAAUGGGAAAGGUAAAGAUAUGCAUGGAGCAAAUGGUGAACACAUCAUAGUUCAGGUACCUAUGGGUACAUCUAUUAGAGAAAACUCUCAAGUUGUAGGAGACCUUGAUACAGAAGGUGCAAGGUUUGUUGCAGCAAAAGGGGGAGCAGGUGGUAAAGGAAAUCAUUUCUUCUUGAGUAAUGAGAAUCGACAUCCCAAUGUAGCUGAACUUGGAGCUUUAGGUGAAGAACGUGUUUACAUACUAGAAUUGAAGAUAGUAGCUCAUGCAGGCUUGGUGGGGUUUCCAAAUGCAGGAAAAUCAUCUCUAUUGCGAGCAAUUUCAAGAGCACGUCCAAAAGUUGCAUCUUACCCAUUCACAACUCUCAGCCCACAUGUGGGCAUUGUUCAUUAUGAUGAUUAUGAACAAGUAGCAGUGGCAGACUUACCUGGACUGAUAUCUGGAGCCCACCAGAAUCGAGGACUGGGAUUAUUUUUUCUUAGGCACAUUGAACGAUGUGUUUUCCUACUGUAUGUAGUGGAUCUGUCUCGGCCUUCUCCACUUGACCAAGUUUUUAGUCUAAAGUUUGAACUAGAACAGUACCAAACAGGCUUGUCCAACAGGCCACAUGCCAUUAUAGCCAAUAAAGUCGACUUACCUGAAUCUGCAAGCAACCUGAAAGAACUCGAACAAGGUGCAAAUAUGCCAGUUUUUCCCAUUUCAGCAAAACUUGGUACAAACAUUGGUUCAGUGCUUAGACAUAUAAGAGAACUUUAUGAUCAGCAUAAUAAAGACAAGUUGCAGUGGUAAAUGGUGAAAACUGCCUUACCUACAGAUUUAUAGUUUGAACAGCUAGUUAUAUUUAUGUAAUUACUAACUUGCACAAUAUAUGCCAGAUUUGAAACUUAUCAAAAGCUAGAAAUGAGGCAUCCUCUUGAAAUUUUUGUGUGAUAACUGUAGUCAUCCGAGAGGUAAUUUUUAUGGGAAAAACAAAAGCCAGUAAGUUUACCAGCACUAUCCUUAACUGAACAUGUUUUUAUGAAUGGUUGUUAAUAAACUGCAUAGACCAUAUGAGGUAAGAAAUAUUUUGUAGGGGAGGAUAAUUCUACAUUUUGAAAUCUUAUGUCAAAAACUUCACUUGUUGAUAAUUCCUAUCAUAUAGCUUGCUUUUUGCUUGAAGGUUUUAUUGAAAGUUGGGAAAUUAAAUUUAUAUUUGAAAUGAACAUUCUUUAGAGAUUAAAAGAAUAAGGUUUUGGCUCUUUAUAACUUGCUUUAUUUACAGCUGAACAUAGAUAUGGAAUAAAAAUCUAGUUUGUGGGAAAUCUUGUUAGACUCAGUUUCUAAAUUGAUUGUAAAAAAAAUGUUUAUUUCUAGGCAUAAUGUAUGGUGAAAAACCAAGCCCAAUCUAUCAAGUAUUGAGUUAAACACCAUGCUCACAUUAAGAUUCCUUUAAAUUUAAUAAAUUAUUUUUUCACAAUGGUUAUGAACUGUUCUAACUGUAAUAAUGAGACAAACUAUUUGUGGGCCUUACGUGAUAGGAAAAUGGAAGAUUCUGGCUUAAGGCAUUAGCAAGCUACCGUCUAACAGUGCUUUACCCAGUCCUUUCAAAUUAACAGCAAUGUAGUUUAAAAAUGAGAAACUUGGAUUAACAGCUUGAAAAUUUACAUUGCCAUCAGAUAAUUUUGACUCAAGCAGUACCUUAGAUAAUUUUUUAUUAGCUGUAGAUGAUUGAAGCUUCUUCCGCAGAAGUUAAUGUGAUGGGCAUAGUAAGCAGAAUCCUCAGUGCAAUGAAUGAUUGUUAGAACACUUCUUUUAAGCCAUUUUUGUGGAGAAAGUUUAAUAUUUCCAUGGCUGUUGAAUUGGAUGGAAGCAUUCCUGGCAAACAUUGGAGCUUAUCAAAUAUCUCAUAAUCAUUAGUAUCUGUA